GCCAUAUGAGAGUGACCGAGACCUCUGCGGCUCAGAUUGAUUUUCUUCUUUCUACUGAAACUUUGAGUCGCACUCUCUGAUGAAGAGAGAGUGCAAAACAGUGGUUUAAUUUGCGUCGAAUAUCCUGCCGAAAUGGAUAGGAACAUCCGAUACGAAAUGGUUGCUAGCCAAGACUUUGAGGAUGAGCGUCGCAGUGGUGCUGCUCAGGCACCGACCACCUCUCACCUGGCAGUAGCACUUCCUCCAGACCUGGAGCAGGCAGCAGCCAUGAGCCUGCCGAUGGGCAUGGUCGACGACAUUCCGCCGCCAAAGGCUGAUUUUUCUGCGCCUCCACCCUACGAACUUGCCACCAAACUACCCUCCUAUGAAGAGGCCCAACAGCAGAAGAUGCAGGAGCAGUACGGGGUGCGACUUUUUCCAGAGAAUUCCACUGGCCACCAUCCAAAUAAUGCCCCGCCGCUGACAUUUUUGACCAUCGACAGCGACUUAUCUGACUGCAGCACAGAAACCAGCCUUUUAGGCAGUGAUUUCACAUUCUUUAGUGCUUUUCUAGUGGCAUUUCUGUUCAAUUGGAUUGGAUUUUUGCUGCUGAUGUGCUUCUGCCACACAAUUGCCGCCCGAUAUGGCGCCCUGUCUGGCUUUGGUCUCUCGCUGGCCAAGUGGACCUUGAUCGUGAAGCACUCAACAGAUCUUGCCUCCAGGGAAAAUAUCUGGUUGUGGUGGCUCAUAAUGGCAUUUGGGCUUUUGAUCUGCGCCCGUGCCAUAAUCCAGUACCUGCACAUUAAGCGAGAGUGGAGUCUUCUUUCACGCAGCGCCCAAGAACGCCUUGUAUUUUUCUACUAGCCAGCGUUCUAGCGUGAUGGCUGUUGCUUUUUUCACCUUUCCUUUUCUCUUUUUAUCAAGCACCACGCGUGUGAUCUUCGUUUUUCUUUCCAGCAUGCACUUCACUCAUUUACUCAGCAAACUCCAAAUCAGAAAGUGUGUCAUGUGUAUAAAUAAAUUUGAAAACUCUUGAUGUCACCAAUUUGAAAAAGGGCGCCUCCGAGUCUGAGGCGACCCCGAGCUAGGUCGUUGGCCCCAAGGCUAAUUAUGAAGAAGUCCCACGUUGAACCAAAGGACAUGUCCAACUUUUAAAUUUUCGGAACUUUUAUUUUUAUUGUUAGACGACGACUGACUGCAGCUGAGAAAUCCUAAGUCAGCGCGUCCGACGGCCGCAGAAAAGUGUUAGGCGGCGGACCAUGAGACCUCUUAAUCAGAACAUUCCCCGCGAUGUAUAAAAUUAUAGCAAGGAAUGGUUUUCUUCGAUGUGUUACUCUCAGUAGUCGUUUUUUUGUAGACUAUUUGUCUGACUAUUACAUAUAUUAUACAACAUAGCUUAGGGCACUCUAAACUCUACUGUAAUUAAAAAGAAGUCAUAAAAUGAAAUGAGUAUUAUAUGGGCAGCUUAUAAAUGAAUUUUUAUGUAAAUUGAUGGAAUGCCAUUGAUGCAAAUUUGUGUGCAUCGUUAAGUGAGCAGUACCUUAAUAAAAUAUUUAAUUUUAAAUCCGGAAA